AUGUCGGUGGCAUUUUCAUCGGCGCGUCCCAGAAGUAAAGGGGAGGUGACACAGCAAACGAUUCAAAAGAUGCUGGAUGAAAAUCAUCAUUUAAUACAAUGUAUAAUGGAUUACCAAAGCAAAGGCAAGACAGCUGAAUGCACACAGUAUCAGCAGAUCCUGCACAGAAACCUUGUUUACUUAGCCACAAUAGCGGAUUCGAAUCAGAACAUGCAGUCACUACUACCUGCGCCUCCCACUCCAAACAUGUCUAUAGGCCCUGGAGGAAUGGGACAGGGUGGGGGACACGCUCCAAGCAACCUCAAUGACAACAUGGCAACAGGAUUGCCAUCGACAUCCAUGAUGCAGAGUCAAAUGAGCAAUGGCCCCAGCCAUGCUCCCAUGCAGCAACAGUCUGGUCAGGUGCAGUCGGCUAUUCCCUCCACAUCCCUCAGCCUCCCAGCCAGCAGCUACGGUAGCUCGGCCUCAGCCUCCGGCUACAGCCACGCUGCACCCUCCUCCCAGGCCAGCAUGAUCCAGGGGGCUGGGCCUGGCUAUGGCUCUUCCUCCUCUUCCUCCUCUUCUUCCUCCACAUCCUCAUCUUCCUCCUCCCGCAGCAACCUCAACAUGCAGUCCAACCAAGUCUCCAUGAUGCACCAACAGUCUGCCACUCCUCACUACUCCUCAGCCCAGGCUGGGGGCCAACACUAUCAGGGACAGCAGGCCAUGGGCAUGAUGGGUCAGGGUAGUCAAGGAAACAGUAUGAUGUCUCAGAGGCCCAUGGGAUCCUAUCGCUCUUCACAGCAAGGAUCUGCACAGCAGUACAUGGGACAAGACGAGUUCUACGGAGAGCAGUAUGGACACACUCAGAGCUCCAGCGAGCCCAUAAACCAGCAAUAUUACCCUGAUGGUCAUGGAGAGUACUCAUAUCAACAAUCUUCAUAUGGUGAGCAAGGCUAUGAGAGGUCCUUUGAUGAAUCCUCACAGCAUUACUAUGAAGGAGGUAACCCUCAGUACAGUCAACAACAGGCCCAAUACCAGCAGGGGUCUGGUCAGCAGCAGCCCUUCAGUCAGCAGCAGUACUCCUCUCAACAAGGCUACAGUGGACAGCCACAAGGAUACGGACCUGGCCAGGGUGGAUCCUCCCAGUAUUCUCAGUAUCAACAGGGUCAAAGUCAACAGUAUGGGUCUUACCGCUCCUCCCAGGGAGGCCCUGCAGCACAGACACAGAGGCCCUACGCCUAUGAACAGGGUCAGUAUGGAAAUUAUCAGCAAUAAGGUACCAUUCUGUUGGAAGAAAAAGAAAAAAAGAACGGUUCGACAGUGAUCUGCAUGGCUCAGUUUUGGAUUAAAAGAGUU